UGCUUUGUUCCAUGUAAUUUAUAUUGGCAUUGUUUGAAUUUUUUGUUUAUUAGUGCAAAGUUGAUAUGUAAGCUAACUGGUGAUACGGUUAACAAGACUGAAGAACACAUCUGGAAGCACAUUAAUGGGAAACGGUUUCUCAACAAGCUAGAGCAAAAGGAAACCGAAAAACUUGAAUCAAAUGGAACAACAGUAGAAGAAGAAGCAAAGACAAGCACCAAUAGUGUAAAUAGGAAGAAUAAGAAAAAGAAGAAGGGAAAAGAGAUUGAAGAAAUUAUCUCUGAAGUAAGGGAGUCUCCAGAUAAGGAGAGUGAUUUGGAAGAAGCUGACUUUUGGAUGCCUCCGGUUGGAGAACGCUGGGACCAUGAUGAUGGUGGAGAUCGAUGGGGUUCAGGUUCCGAGUCAGGGGAGGAAAGUGAUGAAGAAAAUGAAACAGGUUUGUUUAGGCUCUGUGCUGGGCAGAAAUAUUUUUUGCUAUUGUAUUCUACUUUUUUAUAUGGCGUAGUUGAAGAUGGUACGAGGGAAUCAGAAGAGCUUUCUGCUCGAACAAAGCGAAUGUCCAUAGAAAUUGGACCAAGCAGCUUUGCCUCAAGGAAGAAGAAGAGUAGGAAGGACAAAUCUUGAAUUUUUCUUCAAGUUCUCUAUGGCAAAUUUUGAUUCCAGGUUGAUUCUAGUCCCAAAAAUGAUGGGAAAUUUAGGACUAUAUAGAUAGCGAGUCCAACCCAAAUUGUUUCCAUAGUAAUAGAUCAGUUUUUCUGAUUAUUUAUGAGAGAAUAAAGUUUUGUUCAUGUUUUGUACUGAUAAGUCUUUAGUCCCCAA